ACCUUGAUUUUUGGCAAAAAAAAAUUUAUACCUAUGUAUCUAUCGCUUUUGACCUGGACAUCGGCGCUCGACCGCUCGAGAGCCUCGACGUACCCCACUGGCCCACUCAGACCCACCAACGCGCGCGACACCCACCCAGACCCAAACGCGACAGUGCGACACCCACCCAAACCUAGCGCGGCGGCGGCGGCUGGCCAGGUCGCGAGGACCAGGCGGACGCGACGACGGCAGUCGACGGCGGCAACGGGCUGGGGGCUUGGAGGGCUGUUGCACAGCGGCACCUUCAGCGGCGGCUCCAGGCCUCCCGCGGCGCAGCAAGCGGCGGCUCCAGGCCUCCAGCGGCGCAUCAAGCGGCGGCUCCGGCGGCGGCCGCAGCUGCGGCUCCGUCGACGACUUCACCAGCGGCUCCAGCGGGCGACGGCGAGAGCCGAAGUCGGGGAUUUUUCUGAGUGCCAGAAGAUGGAAGGAAGGGGGAAGGGACUAGCAAAUUCAAAGAAAAGGGGAAGAGAUUUGAAAAGGUAUUUUGAAGUGAUUGGUAGUGACAGCAGCUCAAAAACGAAUCCAAGCACCCGCGAAAGUGUCAAUAUUUCAGCAAAUGUCAAUCAUCAAGAUCAAGUGACUUCCAUGGAAGUAGAUCAUGAAAAUUUGAUGCCAACCGAACAAGUGGAAGAACAAACUACAGAUUCCGUCGAAGCUAUAGUGGAAGAGAAUGUUGAAGUUCACGGGAUUGAAGGUAUAACUAUUUUUAGUGAAGAUUACAUAAAGGGUGAUCCAGGACUUCGCAUUCCACUCGAUAGUUUUGCCCCCAACAUUAGAGAUGAUGUUAGAUUUGCUUAUAUACGAAUGGGUGCAACUCAACCAACUAGUUGCACUUUCCCCCCAAAUAGAGAUGGAAGAUGCUUCCGGCCACAAUGGUAUAAGGAUUUUGUUUGGUUGGAAUAUAGUGUAACAACACAUAAGGCUUAUUGCUUCUGUUGCUAUCUUUUUAAGCAUGACCGAAUAGAUGAUAAAUUUGGGCAUGAUGUCUUCUCCAAAUUGGAUUUUGACUGUUGGAAAAAUGCGGUUGCGGCAUUUCGUAAACAUGUUGGUGGGCCAUGUAGCAUCCACAAUAUAUCAAAAACAGCAUGCGAUGAUUUUAAAAAUCAAGGGGCAAGUGUGAAAAGUAAAGUUACAACUUACAGCCAAGGUUCACUUGUCAAGUAUGAAACUCGUGUGGAUACAUCUUUGGGCAUUGUAAGUUACCUAGCAUUGCAAGGUGAACCAUUUCGUGGACAUGAUGAAUCCAGUUCUUCUUUGAACAAGGGGAAUUUUUUAGAGUUGCUUGAUUGGGUCAAAGAAAGAAUUCCGGAAGUGAAGGUUGCAUUUGAUGAGCUAUGUCCUCAAAAUGCCAAAAUGACUUCCGGGACAAUUCAAAAAGAACUUGUCAAACAUUGUGCAACUGCAGUCACCACAGUAAUCAAAGAAGAGAUGGGUGAUUGUCUUUUCACUGUUCUUAUUGAUGAGUGUCGUGAUAUAUCGGUGAAAGAACAAAUGGCCGUGGUUGUCAGGUAUGUCAGUACUUCAUCUUGCAAGAGGAAGGAUAAAUUGCUUGACAAGCAAAAGGAAGAUCUUUUGGAUAAGAUUGAGAGAGGUGAGAUGCCCACAGGAAGAGGGAAAAAUCAAGAAACAUCGUUGGUCAGACCUGGAGACACAAGAUGGGGAUCUCAUUACACAACCUUAUCUCGCAUUGAAUCAAUGUGGGAUGCAGUCAUAGAAGUUUUGGGCAUUGUUGAGGAUGAUGUGCGUGUUCCAUGUAGGGCAGGAGGUUUGGUUCAUCAAAUGGAGACCUUUAGCUUUGUGUUCAUCCUGAAGAUGAUGCUAAAAAUCCUUCGUAUCACAAAUGAUUUAUCUCUUCUAUUGCAAAAGAAGGAUCAAAAUGUUGUUCAGGCAAUGUCAUUGGUUACAGAUGUGAGAACACGUUUGGUCAACUGGAGAAAUGAUGGUUGGGAGCCACUCUUGGAAGAUGUCAAAGUGUUUUGCACCAAAAACGACAUUCCAAUACCAAGUAUGGAUGACAUCUUUACAAAGUGGGGUAAAUCAAGAAAAGGUGGACGAAACAAUGUGACGGCUGAUCAUUUUUUUCGUGUGGACACCUUCUAUGCUGCUAUAGACUCCAUCACCACGGAGUUUGAUCAUCGUUUUAAUGAGGUAUCUUCAGAGCUGCUCCAGAACUUCUCUUGUCUUGACCCAAGAAACUCGUUUUCUAGGUUCAACUUGAAUAAGCUUGCUAGGCUCACAGAGAUUUAUCAUGAUGAUUUCUCUGACUAUGAACGUGAACAUAUAGAAGAUAACCUUGAUCUAUUCAUUAUCCAUAUGAGAAGAAUUGAAGACUUUAGAGCUUGUCAUGAUAUUGCAAGCCUAGCUAAAAUGAUGGUUGAACUUGAAAGGCAUGUCAUGUUUCCUACUGUUUAUCGCCUCAUUGAAUUGGCAUUGCUACUACCGGUAGCGACGGCAACUGUUGAAAGGGCCUUCUCAUCAAUGAAAAUUAUCAAGACUGAGUUGCACAGCAAGAUGACCGAUGGUUGGCUUAAUGACUUGAUGGUUUGUUACAUUGAGCGAGAGAUCUUCAAAAGUAUAGAUCUUGGUAAAAUUAAGCAAGAUUUUCAGAAUGAAGGUAGGGCAUUGCCAUUGCCUGGGUCUUCUAGACGCCAUUGAAAGCUUCAUUAUCGGUAUGUUUUAGGUAGUUUUCCUAUUGAAACAUGCCUAGAUUUUCAGUGUACUUGGUUUUUGGUUGUAAUGUGUAUUGACUCUUGCGAUUUGCAUCAGAAGAAUUCUUUCCUUAA